AUGAACUACAAGGGGCUCCUCGUCGCCGUCUUCUACGGCGGCAUGUCGGUGGCGGCGGUGUUUGUGAACAAGGCGAUAUUCCGCGUGUACCGCUUCACCUUCCCCUACACGCUCGUCUUCUUCCAGACGCUCUUCACGCUGCUGCUGCUCGCCGCCAUGCGCCUCUCCCGCGCCAUCCGCCUCGCCCCCUUCCGCCUCUCCGUCCUGCGCCGGGUGGCGCUGCUGUCGUUCGCCUUUCUGCUGAAGCUGCUCCUGGACAUGGCAGCCCUCUCCCGGGUGAACAUCCCGAUGUACGGGGUGCUCAAGUCCGCCACCACGCCCUUCGUGCUGCUCCUCGACUACCUGCUGCGCGCCAAGCGCGCCUCCCUGCGCGUGCAGCUCUCUGUGUACAUGACCGCGCUGGGGGGCGUCAUAGCGGGCGCGGGCGACCUGACCUUCGACCUGCCGGGGUACGUGCUCGCGCUGUCAUCGGCACUGGCGACAGCGGCGUACGUGGUGAUAGUGGGGAAGCUGGGCGAGGAGCUGCAGCUGGACUCGUUCACGCUGCUGCUGUACAACAACUGCUGGUCGCUGCCCUUCUCCUUCCUGCUGCUCGCCCUCAACGGCGAGCUGCCCGCUGUGCAGCGAGUGCUGCAGUCACGCGACGCCAUGUUCCUCACGUGCUUCCUGCUGUCGUGCGCGUCUGCGUUUGUGCUCAACCUCGCCACGUACCUCUGCACGCUCGUCAACGACAGCCUCACCACCAGCAUCGUCGGGCGCACCAAGUCCAUCCUGCAGGGCCUGGGCGGCCUCUUUGCCUUCGGUGAUGUGCUCAUGAGCGUGACGAACGUGGUGGGGCUGCUGGUGAACAGUGCGGGCAUCGGGUGGUACGCGGUGGAGAAGUACCUGGAGGCGCGGCGCCGCUCACACCACAUACUCUCCCCGGGGCAUGCCCGCGAUGGCAAGGCCACCAUCACCCGCGACGGCUCCCAGCUAUCAUUGGUGUUCAACGAGGUGAAGACAGAAGAUGCCGACCAACCAGACCCGCGCAACGGCUCUGUGUGA